GAUCAAUAUACGGGUAUUUGGGAUUGCAUCAAAAAAAUACGAAAAAAUGAGGGAGCAAUGGCAUUCUACAAAGGCAUAUUACCACCAAUGAUGGUCGAAAUACCUAAGCGAGCUGUUAAGUUUAUGUUUUUCGAACAAAGUAUACGAUUCUUUUUAUUUGGACAAGAGAAACCUAUGCCAAUUAGUUAUAUACUUGCUGGGGUGUGCUCUGGAAUAGGCGAAGGCACUGUAAUUAAUCCUUUUGAAGUUGUUAAAGUACAACAGCAAGCAGCUCGUGGUAAAAUGGCUGAUAGUGAGGGUGCUAUGGCCGUUGCUAAGAGAAUAAUAGCUCAAAAUGGAUUUGGAUUGAAAGGCAUUAGUAGAGGUUAUUUUGCGACAGUAUGGCGUGAAAUCUUUUUUAAUAUAGUUUAUUUUGGUGUUUAUCGUUCUAUAUUGGACGUUUUGCCAGUAUACCCUGAAAAACCUAAAGAGUUGUUUAAGAAAUUCAUUUGCGGAUUUUCAUGUGCCAUAUUGGGAUGCCUCUUCAAUACACCUUUCGAUAUGGCAAAAUCUACAUUGCAAGGACCACUAGGUAUGGUUAAAUAUUUCACUAUAUGGGGUACAUUUAAAUCAGCAUAUGCUGACGAUGGAUUAAAGGGAGUGUAUAGAGGUCUCGGACCUCGGUUAUUACGAAUUGGUCCCGGAGGAGCAAUUAUGUUACUGGUGUAUGACCAAGUAUACGGAUUCUUGUAUCGUACUUUCCAUUAUGCAGGCGGCCCCUAAUAAUUAAACAAAAUACAAUAGAUUCAAUAAAUCAAAAAAUAA